AAAACACAUUAGCGUUAGUACGUGAAUGCCUUUCUUUCGUUGCUACUCUGUUUACUAGCUCGAAGCUUAGCCUAGCUCUGCUGUUAGCUUUGUGAAUCCACAGGUACAUCUUCUCGUCCUCCUCCUAAAAAAAUGGCCAAUAGGUUACUGCAGCUGAGAGUGUUUGUUAAUGAGCGGCUCACAGCGGCCGCGGAGGAAAUCUUCGGUGCUGUGGAAAGAACCAUAUUAGAGUAUCGAAACGACAUGUAUCUGUCCAGAGAGGAUGUAAAACACAGCGGGCUGCUGAUGCUAGCUGAAGGUUUGAAUCGACAGAUGGAGUUCUCUGCAGUCUCCCAGGAGGUCAGUGUGUCUGAAGCAGAGGUCUCCUCCCAGCCAGCACACACUCCAGAUGCCUCUCCAGAGCCUCUGGAACACUGGACCAGCCGGGACAAAGACAAAAUGCAGGAUGUGUAUGAACAGAGCACGCCACCCAUGUCAUGCCGUCAAAUCCAAACCGAGACCAGCAGAGAGGAAGUGCUUCUCCCCAGCACUUCCACCGACUGGUUGAAAACAGAAGAGGAAGACGACGGCUACGAAAGAUCAGAAACAGCAAACUUCUGGCAGCCGCUCUCCUCAGACAGCAUGGAUGAACAUGAUAUUAGUGAUGCUGAGUAUACAGAGAGAGGAGGAUCUAACUCAUGUUUAAAGAUGGUCAAGUCAAAGCAAAAGGCAAAGCAAAGACUUUUAGGAACAUCUCUGGGGAGCCAACGUAGUGAACAACAGCCAUGUGUACCCCAAACCCCUCCCUUUGCAAACAUGUUGAUGAUGCAGCUUCAAGCUAAAACUGCAACCUUACCAAUGAUCCCAGAUUUAACUCCUGGAAAGAAGAGGAAGAGAUGUCAGAGCUGCCCAAAGAAGAAAGACACCAAGACCAGCACCAUCUGCCUGAAAUGUCAAAAAUACAUUUGUAAGGCACAUUGCCAAACAUUCACAUACUGCCUGACAUGCAUAUGAACACAAUGAGAACAAUGAUUUUGUUUAUACAGCACCCUUAAAAAAAAACCUCACAAGUGCUUCACAAUAGUUACCACAAACACCAUCAGUUAAGAAAAAGCCAUAAGAGAAGUCUCUG